UCAUGCAGGGCUGCGCCAGGUACGAACGUUCUCGUGGACGCAACUUGGCAGAGUCGCCUUCGAACUGAAGGUGAAUCCGACGGGGCUUGAAUACAAACAAGAUGCAUAGCCCCGUCCCGCCGCGCGAUGAGCGUAGCUUCAUGCGGACCUUAAGUCAUGGUGAGUCCGCUCUCUUUCGAGAACGUAAUGUGAAAGGGCCCAUGGACGACCCUAUAAAUUCUAGAGCACAAUAAUACGAUGUGCCAUCUAGCUCACUGGAACGCGUCGCUCGCAGACAUAACCUCUACCUACUCUAGGUGUACAUAGAACCUCGAGUCCUAUCCCCGAGCCAUGUUUCCCAAGGUUGUUGCUCUCAGCUUAGACUGGACGUUCUGGCAGGGAGAGUUCGACAGCAACAAAUUCGGCAAAGGCCCCGGGGCCGUGUGCCCAGCGGAGAACAACCUCGAGCUCGAGAGCGAGUUCAAGAUCAGGGAUAAAAGCGACCACUCUCGGACCAUCACGAUGUACAGCGACGUCCCGAUGAUCAUCAACGACCUCAUGCGGAACAACGCGUUCCUCGCGAUUGUUUCUCGAAGCAAGAGCAAGGCCUUAUGCGACAGAGCUCUACAUCUAUUCAAGGCGGUGGACCCUACACCGUGGAGCAAGAAGCUUAAUCAGAAGAGGCCCAUAGCUGAUCUCGUCGCAUACAAUCAUAUUUACGACGAGGAGAAGACCGUGCAUUUCCACAAGAUAUGGGCCAACACAGGGAUCGAGUACUCCGACAUGGUGCGUCGCUGAACGCAGCACUUUGCGCAUACAAAACUCAUCUUCACGACAUCCCCGUAGAUCUUGUACGACGCUGUUGCCGCAAACAAUGUAGUACGAGUAGUCCAAGGCGUCACCUUCCAGAUUUCCCGCAACUUCACCGGCCUAACAUGGGAGAACUACCAAGAAGGCCUCGCGCUCUGGCGCCGCUCCAAACAGAUCCACAGCCCAUACCUCGGGCAGAAUCUGAGCAGCUACCCGAAGCGCAUGUUCAUCGGCUACGCGGGCAUGGACGAGGAGACGGUCAACCGCAUGACGCGCGGGAAGAAUCGGGUAGACCUGAAAGAGUCUGCACGGUGGGGGUAUGCGUCGUAUGUCACGGACAAUCCGGCGCU